AUGGAAAAAGCGAAGGGCACUCCAAAAGCGGUUUACAACUGGUCCUAUGUUCAAUGUGUCAGUUUGUGGUGUUCCGUUUUAGCGUCGCUACAUGAAAAUGCCAUGUUAAAUUCGCUCAUCUAUCCAUUGGUGCAGGUGGCCAUCGGUUGCAUAAGACUCAGACCAACUGCCAAGUUCUUUCCUUUGCGUUUUCAUAUCCUGCGAAGUCUGAUAUUGUUGGAGCGUCAGUUGGAUAUUUACAUACCUGUUUUACCACUCAUUUACGAGGUUUUUCGCACCGUGGAUUUCAACCAGAAACCUCGUACUGUGAAGCCGAGGCCGAUAGACUUCAGCUGUCAGCUGAGACUUUCAUCGUCGCACAUCGUCGAAAGCAGCUUCAGAACCGCCUCCAUUAAUUACGUGACGGAGCUGAUUACUGAAUACGCGUACAACCACUGUUGUGCUGCUUCUUUUCCGGAACUAGUGCUUUUCUGCAUUCUGCAGGUACGCUACAUUAUGGUUAUGCAAAAUUAUGUUGUUUUACAUAUCCCUCUUAUCGAAACAAUGUUUGCGUCGUAUAAGCAGGUGUUUAGCUCUACGUUGAAAACGUUUCCUUAUAAACAAUCACAACAAAAGAAAUUAUCUUUUUACUGGUCAUAUUAUCUCUCCAUAACCAAAAUGGCUUGACU